AUGGCCGAGCAGAAACCUUCACUGGAUCAACUUUUGGACGGGGUCGGCCAACAGGCCGACAAUUCUAAUGAUUUAAUCGACAUUGGUGAUAAUCUCAAUAUGGAAGAUGUGCUGAGUGGUGUACUGAAUCAAACUAACAACGAUUCCCUAUCCACCCUUGGCAGAGAGCGACUGAAGCGACAACGACGUGGUAAUCGAAUGAAGGUUUUCGAUAACGGCUACAUUUUUACGUACGAUAAGGACUCAUCGUGUGGACAACGGAGUUUUUGGCGAUGCGAGCGUAAAAAUGAAUGUCCGGCUCGAGUGCACACUAAUCCAUUCACUAAUCAGAUUAUAAAACGACUUCAUUCGCAUUCUCAUGAGCCACCGAAUCCAGAUGAGCUCCCGCCAUGGUUACUUCUCAAAGGUGAAGAUGCCAAUACACCGCCUCCAGGAGAUUAUCACUCGCAGACAGCUUCACCCCCUGGUGCCUGUGUGAUACUUCCGUGUCCAAUGCUGCCUAGUGCAUCCACUCUACAAAAUCGAUGUCAACAGAGUGAUCAACACGAAGUGAAGCCGGCAGUGACAGAACCCGAACCAGAAGACAUGGUCGAACCACCUCGAAAAAGAUCGCGGAAAUUGAAGAUUCGAGAGGCUCCUCCUGAUGUCGUCUCCGUCAAAGAGUUAUUUCUGCAGCACCCUACAGAAUUUUGGGAACUUUUCGAGGCAACUCGCAAAAUGGUACACUUUCUAAAAGGCGACGAAGGACCUUCUAUGGCGCCAUGCGUCACGUCCACCAAUUCUGAAUGUGAUUCUGCAGUCGACAAGUUUCUUGAUAACAUAAGGAUGGCCAAAUACAAACCGACCUUUGCAAAGUUCUCUAUGGAUGUGCUGCGAUCACUGAGUGUGGAAGAACUGUGUCGCAUAUGCAGAAAUGAGGCGGAUGCUCUAUGCAUUCAUCGCUCCCUCAAAAUUAGGUUCGCAGCAUCAUCAGAAGCUUCAAGUGCAGUCAAACUUUUUGUCCGAGAAAUGUCUUCAGGUAUAAUGAGCGAACCGAUGUAUCAGAUGAUAAUAUUAAAAAGCCAGACUAAGGAAGAGUUCGUAUCACUUUUGGAGAAAAAAGGACUAAUAGAUACAACUAAUGUGGAGCGAUUUUGUGUGCCCGGUCCUGGAGGGAUUAAAGUCGAGUUAUCAGACGACAUAGUGUCGUCGUGGAAGGACGAGUCCGUGUUUCACAUAAAUGUUGACAAAGGUGUGUGCAGGCUAGACGUUGUGGUUCAACAAGUUCCACUGGGGACCACACCAAUUUUUAACCAUUAA